AGGAACUGGCAUGAAAGAGUAACUUGGCAACAGCACACCAUUAGGAGAAGGUUUUUUGGAUUUGGAGGAAGAAAAGAGUAACCAUUUCUGCGCAAUUUUGAAAGACACCAUCUUCGAUGUAAUGCAGUCAUCUUGUUAUGGCAUAAUUAACAUUAGUUUUCAGAUUCUUGGCAUCAUCUGUUCAGCAUUGUCAGUCAGUUGCAGAGUAAGUGAUGUCAUGUGAUUUUGGGAUUUGCAGCACAGUGAGUGUUUGUUUCUAACAGCUAGUCUGUCAUGACUGGCAUAUGCUUAACCAUUGCAAGAUAGCCAUCUUCAGACAGGGAUAAACCUGAAAAUGUGGUUCUUCAUUAUCAUCUCACUGUGAUAUCAGAAAUGAAUGCCAGCUGGACAUUCAACCUGAACACAUCUACGAAUGAGCCGGGAACUGGCCUUUCUAGAAGGGGGCACACCAUUGUGGCAGUUUUUCUUGGGCUGAUACUGGUUUUUGGCUUUUGGAACAACUUGAUUGUCCUCGUUCUCUUCUGCAAGUUUAAAGCUCUCCGUAACUCUGUGAACAUGCUGCUGCUUAACAUCAGUCUUAGCGACAUGCUGGUCUGUAUCUCUGGCACCACCAUCAGUUUUGCAUCCAAUAUCUAUGGCAAAUGGCUUGGAGGGGAAUAUGGCUGUAGAUGGUAUGGCUUUGUCAAUUCCUGUUUUGGUAUCGUGUCCCUGAUUUCGUUGGCCAUUCUGUCUUAUGAACGUUACAGCACACUCACACUCAGCAGUAAACGUGGCUCUGAUUAUCGGAAGGUCCUGCUAGGAGUUGGUGGUUCCUGGUUCUAUUCUCUGAUUUGGACUGUACCGCCUCUCUUUGGCUGGAGCAGCUACGGGACUGAGGGAGCAGGCACCAGCUGUUCAGUCCGGUGGAGCUCUGAAUCACUAGAGUCAGUAUCCUAUAUCAUCUGCCUUUUCUUAUUCUGCUUGGUAAUCCCGAUAAUGGUCAUGAUAUACAGUUAUGGACGCCUCUUUUAUGCUGUCAAACAAGUUGGGAAAAUCCAGAAGACUUCGGCUCGUAAACGAGAAUUUCAUGUGCUCUUCAUGGUGAUUACUACUGUCAUCUGUUAUCUGAUUUGUUGGAUGCCUUAUGGAGUUAUAGCGCUGCUUGCAACAUUUGGUAGGCCAGGAUCACUGACUCCAGUAGCAACUAUCAUACCUUCCAUCUUGGCAAAGUGCAGCACUGUAUAUAAUCCAAUCAUCUACAUACUUAUGAAUAAACAGUUCUACAAAUGCUUUCUCCUACUUUUUCACUGUCAACCUUCAUCAGCUGAUGGGGAAACCAAAUGCCAGUCAAAGGUCAUGGUCAUCCAGCUAACCCAGAAAGCAGAAGUUAGAGUUACAUGCAACAGCCAAGAACUGCCACAAGCAGAUGAAAAAAUGGUCUGUCUUCUGAGCCCUGAAUCCAACAUGGAGCUAGCUUCAGAGAGUAUAUCACAGAGGUCCAAGGAAAAUAUACUCUUGUAAAUGAGUGCAUGCUGUUACCAGCAUAUAAUCACAGUAUGUUACAGUUUUACUACCAGUUUGCUUUAUUUUCCCUAAAGGAAUUUGCUGUGUGUUGACCAGGAAUGAAACAAAAUAUACUGUUAUUACUCAGACAGAAGUAAGGAUUAUUUGAUUAUUGUGCUGAAAAACAUGGGGAAACGGUAAAAUAUCUUUGAACAUUUUGUAAUCCAACAAAGUUCAGUAAUCCAGCACAGUCCAGUAUUGUUGUAAAAAAGGUUUUUUGAACCCCCCUCUUCCUACAUUCCCCCUCAGGCAACAAACACAGGGUUUCAUCAAACCUUGGGUGAUCCAUCAUACAUGGAUA